AUGGACCGUCCUACCCAGAACCCGACCUCCGGCGACGCUGCCGACGUCAACAUUCCCAUCACCCCGGCCCAGAGUGCCCGUCUGUCUGAGCUGCUCAACAUUGUCACCCAGGGCGCUCAAGCUAUCGGCGAGGAGUUCGGCCAUGUCACUCCUGAUAUGUGGGUUACGAUCUUCGGAAAGAUCUUCCCUGAGCACGGCGAACAGACCGACGAGAAUGUCUCCCAUGAGCAUUCCGCUCAGCAGGCUGACGACAACAAUGCGUCCGCUGCCACCGACGCUGCCUCAGCUAUUCCUUCCCUCGCCGAACUCACCGCCCAGAUCGUCCAGGACCAUUUCCCCAAGCAGCAGCUCAAGAAAGCCAAGGUCAACCUCAACAUCGCGCCCGCGAACGCCACGACCGCUCAAGUCACCAAGGCCCAGCGCAGCCCCGAGUGGGCCCUCAUCAUCAAGUACGGCGACCCUCGCGCCUCGAUGAGUGCAGACGAGCUGGCCAGUACGCUUGUUGUCUGGAGGCGCUGGUACGGCUGGGCCCCCGCCUUGAACGUCUUUGCCCAGGCCAAGGUCGCCUCGCGUGCUGUCUGCGAGCUUAUGAACGAUCAGCCUUGGCUCUGCCCUUGGGAGACGGAGGUCUGGCAGAAGUCCAAGCGCGAGUUUGCUACCAAGAAGGUGGCUGAUCUCAGGGCUGCCGGCGACAACAACAAGGCUAGCAUCUUGGAGAGCUUCUUGGGCGUCGUGUCUGAGGGAGGCGCUUCGCAGCCCUUCGCCAACAUCUUAGAGCCUGCUACUGUGCAGCGCCUUGCGAACACCACUGUCGGUGAGACAACCCAAGAGCCUGUCUUCUCUAACACUCAGAACACGCCUGUCAUCGAUCUAACCACCCCCGAUGAUCAGAAUCCCGCCGUCGGCCAGGACAGCCACGAGCACUUCACUGAGCACACCCAUCACGCAUCUACCACCGAGCGUGAGACGACCAUCGAGCUGAAAAACGCCAUCGCGGAGCUCACCUCCGAGAUCGCCGCCGAGAAGCUCAAUCAUCACAUUCACACAUCUCCCAUCGGCCAGAUCACCGCCGCCGACCAUGAGCCUGCCAUCGAGCAGCGCAACCAGCAGAUCCCCGUCGAGCACACUUCCAUCCAUGACCAAAUCGGACAAGGUCCCGAAGGCGCCUCCGAGCGCGAGAUGGUCGGGUCCCUGGGCCCAGAGACCCCGACCAAGAUCCGCGAUGACACUGACAACAAUGCUCCCCACUCUCGCGGCAGAGAACGCGUCCAGCAGCAGACGCGCCGUGAGCGUCAGCGCUCGCGCUCUCCCCAGCGCGACGAGCAGCGCGCGCACUCCCGCUUCCGAGACCGCUCCCCUCUCAGCGCGCGCGCGCACCGCGUCCCCUCUCCCCCUCCUGCCGCCGCCGACGACGCUGAGAAAGAACUUUCCGACUACGAAGAUAUUGAGAACCGGGAGCAUACGCCCGUAAUCCCCAGGCCUAACCUGCGCUUGUCCGAGGCGCUUCCUGCGUUGUUCGCCCCCCGCUCGCCCGGCGCAGAGCACUCCUCGAGGGCGCCGCGCAUGCGCCGUCCCGCUAUGGACCCCUUCUCCUUCGACGACUCCCCGCGCGACGACAACGAAGAUGACGACACGGAUAAGUCGUCUGAGCACACCGGCACUGCUGCUGCCGCUGUCGAUGUCGACGUCGACGUCGGCCCUCAUUCUCACUCUCACUCGCAGUCCAACUCCUUUUCCAACUACCGCGACAACGUCAUCGACCUCGGUGACGACGACGAUGAGGAGGAGGACGACGAGGAUGUCGACCCAUACUCUCAGGCGCACUCCCAGGCCUACUACCACAACAACGGCAUCGAUCUUGGCGACAUCAUCGAUCUCGACGACGUCGACGAGGAGGAUGUCGAACUUUACUCCCACCCGAACGCGUACACCCGCUUCCGCGACAACGUCAUCAGCCUCGACGACGACGACGACCAAGCUGCUGACCCCUACACCCGCUCGCACACCAACACCUACUCGCACUACCACAGCAACGUCAUCGACCUUGGCGACUCCUCCUCUUCCUCCGACAACAACAACGACGAGGACACCCCCUCCUCCUACCCGCGUGCCUGGCUCGCCGCGGCCCGCGGCCCCAACCCCGCAGUCGCAGCCGACAUCCCCAUCCCCAGCGUCGAGACGGACCAGAUGGCGCUGUUCCCUUUGCCGCGGGCGCCGACUCCGCGCGCGCAGUACGGCUUCCUCGGGCGCACGAGCCCGUUCCCGCUGUACCCCCUGUGUGCGGGCAUGUCUACUAGCGACAUGCUCGGCAGUGGCCAGGGCGGCUUGAAGCGCCGCGCUUACGAGGACAUUGUUCCUGAGGCUGUGGAGGAGCGCGGCGGCUCGUUCAAGAGGCGCGUCAUGGGGUGGGGUGGUGACGAUUGGGAGCUGUGAGGUGCUGGGGGGUCUGUAUUUGUAGUUUGCUGUUUGCUGUUUUCUUUCUUUUUUCUUUUUGUUCUUUUUUCCUUUUCCUUUCAUUUUUGUUUGUUCUUUUUUGAUUUCCUGCUUCCCUGAUUUCUGUUCCUGAUUUCAGUUCCUCACCCACCCCAGGCAUCGCUCACAGGCCCCAGCAACCUACACCCGCAGCAGCAGCCGUCGCAGACACGUCGCAACCUUGGCAUUGCCG